AGUUUCCUGCAAAUCGGGAAACAAGAACGAUAUUCUCUUCUGGAUUUUGGCUUGCUUGCUUACAAGUUUUCUGGGAACCCCUGUUGCAUACGUUAACUUCCAGCUGUUUAAGGCCAUUGUACGUUGCCCUGCUUCAUCUAAUCUCAUCUUGGAAUCAUUCAGAGAGAUCCAUCUAUAGCCUCAAAGCCUUUUUAAAGUAAUCUGCCUCAUUUCAUAUAAGCAGCAUGGUUUCCUCUCACUUAUCUAGUUUAAAUGAGUCCCGCAUGCACAAAGCCUUUCAGAAUCAGUUGCUUUUUCCCACAGGGCAACCUGAUACUCUGACCUCUGAUCAUCUUGAGUUUGAUUUCUCUGAUGUGUUCGGACCUGCUCCAGUUCAAGCCUCAAUGGAAAUCAGCACUGAAAAUCCUAAAAAUCUGGUUGUUGCAACUGAGUCAAAUGAAUUGCUUUAUGACGAUCCAGCUGUCAUCUGUAGCCGCUCACAUUCCUUGGUUGGCCCCUCAACUUAUUUUAGCCACUCAUUGAAGCUUAGCAAGCUUACAUUUCGUGAAACAGGGGAUUCCUUGGAACUUGUAGAAGGAGUCAGGGAAAGGACUCAAAAAGAGUUUCGGAAAUAUUCAAUUGAUGAUGUUAUUCUUGAGAACCCUGAUGGCCAUAUAGAGAGUCAUCCUUUUGAAUGCCAGUCUGUGGGACUUGAAGAUUUUGAAGUUUUAAAGGUUGUUGGCCAAGGUGCUUUUGGAAAGGUGUAUCAAGUAAGGAGGAGUGAUACCUCAGACAUAUAUGCAAUGAAAGUCAUGCGCAAGGAUAAGAUUAUGGAGAAAAAUCACGCCGAAUACAUGAAAUCUGAGAGAGAUAUAUUAACAAAAGUGGAUCACCCCUUCAUUGUGCAGCUCAGAUACUCAUUCCAAACCAAAUAUAGGCUGUACCUUGUGCUUGACUUUGUUAAUGGGGGACAUCUUUUCUUCCAGCUUUAUCGCCAGGGCUUGUUCAGGGAAGAUUUGGCUCGCAUAUAUACCGCAGAGAUAGUAUCAGCUGUUUCUCAUCUCCAUGCAAAUGGCAUAAUGCACAGGGAUCUCAAACCUGAAAAUAUUCUUCUAGAUGCAGAUGGACAUGUUAUGCUGACUGAUUUUGGCCUGGCAAAGGAAUUUGACGAAAAUACGAGAUCCAAUUCCAUGUGUGGAACUUUAGAAUAUAUGUCACCUGAAAUUGUUCUUGGGAAAGGCCAUGACAAGGCUGCUGAUUGGUGGAGUGUGGGAAUUCUACUGUAUGAAAUGCUUACUGGGAAGCCACCCUUUACCGGUGGAAACAGACAGAAGAUCCAGGAGAAAAUAAUAAAGGAUAAGAUCAAGCUGCCAGCAUUUUUGUCAAGUGAAGCGCACUCGAUCCUCAAGGGGCUGCUGCAGAAAGAAGCAAGUAAGCGUCUUGGCAGUGGACAAGGUGGUAGUGAGGAGAUCAAACGCCAUAAGUGGUUCAAGUCCAUUAACUGGAAGAAAUUAGAGUCUCGGGAGAUGAGGCCAAGUUUUCUCCCUGAAGUUGCAGGGAAGCACUGUGUUGCUAAUUUUGAGGAGUGCUGGACUAACAUGCCAGUUCUUGAUUCUCCAGUUGCUAGUCCAACAUUCGGUGACAAUCCCUUUAAGGGGUUCACAUAUGUGAGGCCUGCAGCCUCAUUUCUUCAGAGAAAUGCUUGAUAUUGUCUGGUAUUUACUGUUCAGCUAGUCCCAAGUGGCUGAAGAUGGCUGUGCGAGCAGGCUUUUCUCCUUGAGUUUGUUGAAAUUGUCAACUAUGAACUAUAUAUUUAUGUUUUUCUUUUCUAUUUUGUUUCUUUAAGCCAAACUCCGCUGUCUGCUCUUAAAGAUGUAUUUUAAGAAGACAUGAUUGAUGUUGUGAAAGAUCUAAACGAUGUUUUUUUGUGCUUCAGCUGUUGUUUUCUAACAACGUCCUUGAUUCUUAGAUGGUCACAAGGUAGCUGUUUUAAAGUAUAAAAAUCUACAUUUGCC